GGCGGUAGUAUCCAGAGGAGGGUUUAAUUGCUGAGAGUCUCAACCAAGAGGAAGCCAUACAGUGUGUCUAUCAGGGCAAUAUUUGCUUGAGAUUUCACACAAUCUUGCAUAGACGAGAGAAUCAACACAGAAUAUUGGGUGUGUGGCACUGAGGGUUGUGUAUACUUGAUUAGAGAGUCUUUCGAGUCUACUGGUGUCUGACUGAAACACUGUGCGGUCCCAUUUCAGCUUAUUCAGACUGAGGCCUUUUUCUUCUUGAGGUUACUGGUGUUGUUUAUCCCUUACAAGUGUGCUCAUCGAGUGUCUGAAGUCAACAAUGGAUAAGAUAUUCUCAGCCACCUAUUCAGGUGUGCCCGUUUAUGAGUAUUUGAUACCCACAGGGUCAGUCAUGAGACGGAAAUCUGACAGCUGGGUGAAUGCUACACACAUUUUGAAAACUGCAAACUUCCCCAAGGCCAAGCGUACGAGGAUACUGGAAAGGGAUGUCCAAGUAGGCGAGCAUGAGAAAGUACAAGGUGGAUAUGGUAAAUACCAAGGUACGUGGGUCCCAUUGCAGAGAGCCAAGGAAAUCGCCAAACAGUUUGAAGUGUAUGAAAUACUAGAGCCAUUAUUUGAGGUUACAACGUUAUUUCCUGGAAUGUCUCCACCGCCUGCUCCAAAGCAUCGUCAUGAGAAGAGCGCAUCAGUCAUCGAGAAGGCCCCUCCGCCAAAGAGAAAAGCCGUACUUGCUAGAAAGACUGCAAGUACUCCGGUAAUGAAAACAUCUAAUAAGAUUACAACAACGUCAAGGACAUCGAAAGCCAAAGAGAGAGCGAAGAAAGCGGUGGCUCCAGUUUCAAAUCCGAACGAGGGGGUGUUUGUUGGUAAACGGCAUGUCCAGAGUGCUUCAAAUCUUGCUACAAAUGAUCUGCAACCGGCCGACAGAGAGGGUUCACCAGAGAUGGACAUUAAUGAUGGUAUUGACAGUGAUAUCGAAGAUCCCUCCAGUUUAAGCAUUGUUUCCCCUUCAUCCCCAAGUGAGUUCAUGUCAGAGGUAGACUUAGCAAACGCAUUAAAGUCUCCAAACGAAGCUUUGAACCAAACGGCAAGGGAAAGUUUGGAACGUGUUAUGAACCAUGGUGAUGAACACCGUGAUACCAAAUGGAUAGACUCAAAUUCGGACUUUACAUCUCGACUUUUGGAGUAUUUUCUACAACCAGAUGAGAUGGUUGAUGAUUCUAUACUGCCGGACUUCUUAGCUCACCCUCCAAAUGGCUUGAAAGUUGAUGAGGUGAUUGAUGACGAUGGGAACACCAUGUUCCACUGGGCAUGUGCCAUGGGAAGUCCCCAGGUUGCAGAGGUGUUAAUCACGCUCGGAGCAAACUACAGAGCUGUUAACAAUGCUGGGGAGACCCCACUAAUGAAAGCAGUGCAGUUCACGAACUCAUAUGUUAAAAAGACAUUUCCAAGGAUAGUUGCACUUGUGAGCGAAACUUGUUUUGAGUUUGACGCUAAUCACAGAACUGUCCUUCAUCACAUUGCAGCAGCAGCUACAUCGAAGAGUCGAGUACCCUCUGCAUUAUAUUACAUGGAUAUCGUUAUUGCAAAAGUAUCUGAAGGGCAGUCAUCAGAAAGGGUAGAGUCGUUUCUCAAUUGCCAGGACAAUACAGGUGAUACCGUCUUACACAUAUGUGCAAAGAAUGCGAAUAGGAAGUGCAUCAAAUUGCUACUAAAUUUCAAGGCAAAGACGAAUAUUCGCAAUAACAGUGGUCAAAUUGCAUCUGACAUCCUUUUGGAGAAUGAGAACUUGAACCCGAAAGUCCAGGAGAGAUACGAAAUGCACAUGAUGAGAGGACGCAAACGGAGCAGGUCAGUUGAAUCUGUCGCGGAGCCUCACGUUUCAGAAGCUGCUAUUGAGGCCACCCACAAGGUAUCGCAAUUCAUCGUGGACUCACUCAACGAACUAUCAAACAUAUAUGAUGAUGAAUUGGGAAGGAAAGAAUCUGAUGUUCAAGAGGUUAAACAGCUGUUGACGAAUAUGCACGACGAGACGGUGAUGAUUGAGGACAAGACCAAGGAGUUCCUCGGUGAGGCACUCAACAACGAAAAGCUCACGAAGCACAUCUCCUUUGUCCAGGAUCAAGUGAAGCGUCAUGAACUUCUUGUCAAGAGCAAAGAGGUCAAACUACGCAGAAUGCUAGAGAGAUCGCAGAAACGCUUCUUGGAAAAUGCCAUGAAGGACGAAACCAAGCGGGACUACCCUGUGGGAUCUGAAGAUUCACUAAGCGUCUCCAUUGAGUUGACAAGGCUGCAGAUAUCGAGAGGACAUCUAUUGGAUGAGAUCUUACGACUGUACAGUGGGGUCCAUGCUCAGGAUGAUAAAAUGAACAAAUACAAACGGCUAAUUAGCGAAUCAGCCGACAUACCUCUGGAUGAGGUGUCGAGUAAACUGGAGGAUCUAUUGGAGGAGAUUGAGAGCGCCUCGAACUAGCUUCACUUCCAUAUUUAAAAGCAAUUAGCUCAUGAGUGACGACAACCAACUUCCGA